AGGUUAAGUUUGUGUUUUCGGCCAAAAAAUAAAUAUUUACCUGUACUUUUUCGUUUUUCUUGGCAAUCUCGUAGUUUUCAGCUCUACAAUUUCAUUACUAACUUUCUCGACAGGUUUUUAACGACAGCCGGCUGAAAUUUAAAAUUCUUUAUCGUUUAGUUUCAAACUACAAUGAUCAGAACUUUCAGAACCUACUUAUCAGGUGGUUGUGUUUGUACGUGUGUUCUUUCACGCUUUAAAAUUUCUUCAAACCCUCUCAUAAUUUGAUGUUUACAAACCAGAAACUUUUGCUUAAUAAACAGUCAUUUUGAUCUUUGACCAUCAUGGCUGAAGCGGACCCUGGAUAUGGUACUUCACUCUCUAUAGAGUCUAUGAAAGUUAUUGCGGAAAGUGUCGGACUUAUGAACCUACCUGAUGAUGGCGCCAAAGAAUUAGCGGAUGAUAUAUCAUAUAGACUUAAAAUUCUCUUACAGGAUGCUACAAAAUUCAUGCAUCAUGCUAAAAGAGAGAAAUUGAUGCCAACAGAUGUUGAUAAUGCACUGAAAAUAAAAAAUAUAGAGCCAACUUAUGGCUACCACACCUCAGACCACAUACCGUUCCGGUUUGCAUCAGGCGGUGUUCGUGAAUUCCAUUUCAUCGAAGAGAAGGAUCUUGAUCUCAAUGAAAUCAUCUCCGGACCCAUGUCGAAGCUACCUCUGGCACCCUCCAUCAGAGCACAUUGGCUGUGCAUUGAUGGUGUGCAGCCCACAAUUCCUGAAAACCCUCCCCCAAUAUCCAAAGACUUGCAGAAGCUUGAGAGCAUCGAUCCUAUUACAAAGCUGAAGUCAAACAAAGAGAAAGAAAAGACUGGGAAGCCCACAACUGGGAAACUCCAAAAACUACGCAAUGUAGAAACAGUUCAUGUGAAACAACUUGCCACUCACGAACUAUCUGUGGAGCAGCAGCUUUACUAUAAAGAAAUUACUGAAGCCUGCGUUGGAUCAGAUGAAGGUCGUAGGGCUGAAGCUCUGCAAAGUUUAGCCUCAGAUCCUGGACUUCAUGAAAUGCUCCCACGAAUGUGCACCUUUAUUGCUGAAGGUGUUAAAGUCAAUGUUGUUCAAAACAACCUUGCCCUCUUGAUCUAUCUGAUGAGGAUGGUGAAAGCCCUGUUAGACAACCCUUCGCUGUACCUCGAGAAAUAUCUUCAUGAAUUAAUACCAUCGGUGCUGACAUGCAUUGUUAGUAAGCAGCUAUGUAUGCGUCCUGAGCUUGACAAUCAUUGGGCAUUAAGAGAUUUUGCAUCUCGUUUGAUGACGCAAAUCUGUAAACACUUCCACACCUCCACGAACAAUCUCCAAACCAGAGUUACACGGAUAUUCUCAUCAGCUCUUCAAAACAUUGAGACCCCUUUGCCUUCUUUGUAUGGAGCAUUACAAGGUCUUUCUGAAUUAGGUACAGAGGUGAUAAAAGUGUUCAUUUUACCAAGAGUCAAGACUGUAGCAGACAGAAUCGAAUCAUGUCUUGACGGACCCUCCCUUAGCAAUAUUGACAAAAUUUCUGCUGGUCACAUAAAACAUUUACUAGUGAAAGUAUUGACUCCUAUCCUAAAAGUAACGAAAUCACCUCCGGAUUUCAUUGAUGACUACAGGAAUGAAUUUGGAUGCCUUGGGCCCGCUCUUCAAGCCUCUGUCAUCAAAGCAAGAACGCAGGCCUCCAUGCCAACUCCGGUAGUUACCUCUGCCGCUGUCACAACGACCUCCUCUAUCAUACAUCCUGCUGCUGCAGGUGUGCCAAAUCCAACUAGGAUGGUAUACUCUGGUACCAGACCCGUCAGCUUGGCGAACAAUCCACAGAAGUAUGUCAUAGUAUCUUCACGGCCUCAAACUCCUGGAAACAUUGGUUUGCAGCAAGCCACUCCUGCAACAGCACAAGCUAGUGGUGUUCGAUUCCAGUCAAAUUUCAAUGCACCAGUGGCACACAUUCGACCGCAUUCAUCGAUCACUCCUAAUCCAGUUACGAAAGUUGUCGUUGUGUGUGUUGCCAACUCAAGUACAACAAAUUCAGGCCCAAAGAGUUCUUAGUCAAAUCUCACUCGAAGAUUUUAAACGUCAGUCAGGAACUUGGACCAUACAGAUCCUCCAACCCGACGUAUUCUUCUCAGGAAGACAGGAGGAAAAAUAACUAACAUUUGAUCAUGGGUAUAAAACAGUCAGGAUUUAUCAUAGAAGAGUAAAUUUCUAAGGAAAAUGAGCCAUGUCUCUUUAAACCGAAGACUUUGCUCUUAGGAGGUUGGAUGUCUAAAUUUCAACGUUUCAAAAAUAAAAGGAUUGAGUGUUUAAAUAGGCAGAACCAAAAUGUAGUUAGUUUAAGCAUAUAUCAAACAAGGUUUAAACCUGCUGAUGUUCAAUUUUUUUUAAGAAAACAUAUUUUUUUCCUUCCUCAAGUAUUUAAUAUGCUUUGGUUGAAGUAAAAACGAGAUCAGAAAAUUUUCCUCUCCUCUCAAGUAUAAAUAUCUCACACCUUGAGAAUUGAUGGACCGAUUUGGUGGCUUUUCAUUCUUGCAAUAUUUGACUCAUGGAAUUGCAAUGUACUGCAUAAUUGAGGGGCUCAGAAGACAAGGCCCAUGAGUGCAGUUUUUGCUAUUUCGAGAAAUACGUUGAUGGCAAAACUACCAGAC